AUACUUUAGUUGUUCCUCAACAGUAUAAGAGGAAAGGCUUAUAUUCUUUUUCCUAAAUAAAAAAAAUUUACAAAUCUCUUCGGAUUUAAAAAAUUCAAAAUGGAAUUAAAAAUAACGAAACGAAAUUUUGUAUUUUUAACAAAAGUGUUUUUAUUAUUUUUAUUUGCUACAAAAUCGGUGAAUUCAUAUAGUGAAGGACUGUAUAAUACUAAUGACAAAGUAGUGAUUCUUAAUGCUUAUAAUUUUUAUUCGCACGUUUACUACAGCAAUUCCAGUUGGAUAGUUAAAUUUUACAGUAAUUGGUGUGGACAUUGUAUUCGAUAUACGCCGAUUUGGAAGACUUUUGCUCGAAGUGUUCAAGAAUUGAACAGCAUUGUUCGUGUAGCAGCUUUAGAUUGUGCUAAUGACAUUAAUAGUCAAAUUUGCCGGAAUAAUCAAGUCACACGUUAUCCAGAUUUGAGAUUUUUUUCGGCCAAUUCUCGACCCGGAUCAUUAGGAUUAUCAGUUGAGAAUGAAAAUGACGUUGCUAGUAUGCAGAAGGUUUUACUCAACAUAUUGGAAACGGAGAAGCAAGAAGGACGUGGCUAUUUAUGGCCAAAUUUCAUUCCCUACAGUGGACAGAGUCUUCAAAACAUUUGGCAAACCGUCGACGACAAUGUGAAGCACAUAGUUCUCAUAUUCGAAAAUCCAGGAUCCAUUCUGGGUACAAGUGUAAUUUUAAAUUUUCCCAUAACUCCCCAAAUUCAUAUUGGAAGAGCCUUGACUUACAACAGCGCAUUGACACUAAUUUUUCUCCAGCGUUACGCUUCCCAAACAACAAUGACCAUCAACAAUCCAACAAGUAGUGACGAAAUUGAAAAAUUGAUAAAAGACAAACUUCAAAAUUUAGGAGUGAUGACAAACAUCGACCUAACGAACCUAGUGGACGAGGAAAAAGUUUCCGAAACCCCGAUACCAGUGGAUGAUAAAAUUCAUAAAUCCCCAGAUCCAAAAAUCCAACAAUUCGGAGACGUUCUCUUUCAACUUGAUUUGGAAAAAACUCUUCGCUAUUCACUAAAGCACGAAAUUCCCAUGAGUCGAUUUAUCACUGAAGAAAAAAUGUCAGCACUGAAGAAUUACGUUAAUAUUCUAACCUCUUAUUUUCCAAUGCAGAGCAAUGGCACCACCUAUUUAUUAAGUCUUCAAAAAUCCAUCAGCAAUUUAAAAUUUAUAACCGGUGAGAAUUUCGGGAGAUUCUCCUCAGAACUUGAAAAUCGACUACCAACGAUCUAUUCAGGAAAUGAUGAAUGGAUCGGUUGUAGGGGAAGUACUAAUAUUUAUAGAGGUUAUCCCUGUGGACUGUGGACAAUGUUUCAUUUGUUGAGUGUGAAUUUUGCAAAAAUGGACAAAGAGGAAGAUUCUGGAAAAGUUUUAAAAGCAAUGCAUGGUUAUGUGAAAAAUUUCUUUGGCUGCGCCGAAUGUUCUCGUCAUUUUUUGCAAAUGGCGGAAAAAAAUGAAAUUUUUCAAGUUAAAAAUAAGGACGAGGGUAUUCUUUGGUUAUGGAGGGCACACAAUGAAGUUAAUCGAAGAUUAGCUGGCGAUGCAACUGAGGAUCCGGAGCAUAAAAAAAUUCAGUAUCCCUCAAUAAAUGAUUGUCCAUCGUGUAGAGAUGGGGAUAAUAAUUGGAUUGAGAGCAAUGUUUUGAUGUACCUGAAGAAAAAGUACAGUUCAAGUGAGGUUAAUUUUUAUGGAUCUAGUUUGGAGGCGAAGAAAUUGUAUUAUCACCAAGCAUCGCAAAAUAGUUCUCCGUAUAUGUUUUUCUAUCGUCGAUAAUUUGUUCUAUUUUUGUUAUUUAAUUUUUUUAAAAAAUUAAAAAAAUUUUUUUUUAAAUUUAUUUAAAAAAUUAAAAAAAAAUUUUUUUUUUUUAAUUUUUCUUAUGGGCAUUUGAACCAUUAUGGCAUUACAGCUUUAAAACACAUUCUUUGCACAAAUUGUGACGUCAUAAUGGUUCAAAUGCCCUUAAAAAAAUUUUUUUUUUUAAUUUUGUUUUUAAAAUUUUUUUUUACGGGCAUUUGAAUCAUUGUGACGUCACAGCUUAAAAACCCCAUGCUUCUUACAAAUUGUGACGUGAUAAUGGUUCAAAUGCCCUUAAAAAAAAUUAAAUUAUUUUCAAAAUUGUAA